ACAUAAAAUGAAAUCUCAUUUACUACUUGGCGAUGUAAUACGAGUUCUGUAUUUGUUACUUACAAAUCGUAAACACCAGCCGAUUGCUUUACAAGUAUUAAAACACUGUUGGCUAUUCUGUCAUCGAGUUCCCCUAGCUGAUAUACGUCUUUUUACAUUGAGUGGUGGUUUAUCAUCACGAAACUCUGCUCAUCUGUCUCAGUAUCCAUUGGUAAUUUCAGAGCCAUCACUACUAUUUGUUGUCCGAUGGUCCUCUGACAGUUUGUUGAAGCGGACACUAGACAUUGCUUGUAGCUGUCUACCACGUGACCGAUGCUGGUACAAUUGCUGUCCAGAAAGACUUCUACAGGCAUUAUCACGUUUAAUAUUCAGACCUGAUGCGAAAAAGUACAUUUUUAAUAUGUCAAAAUAUCUUUCAUCGAAAUGUCGACAGAUUUCAAAUGCUUCUUCAUCGUCAGCAUCAUUAGAUGUGUUGUCGGAUCGAAAUGAUCGUGAUGAUGAUUUUGAGUUACCUGCACCUAAUCCGGUGGAUGAUAAUAUUAUGCGUGAAAGAAAUUUACACGUGGAAUUGUGCAAGUGUCUUCCUGAGUCAGUUUCGUGUUUCCUAAGAAGGAAGAUCGGCUUAUCUUCGCACCACAUUGCGUCUUUCGGAUUUCUAAUUAGAUCUUUUCAUAAUACAUGCCUACAUGUUCUGAGUGAGGCUAAGAAGACUCCAGGUUGUAAUUCAAAUGCUCAAAUAGACAAGAGUGUCUCCUUGAAUCUGUUCAGUAGUAUGGAAUGUCUACAUCGAGGUAUAUCUGUUUGUUUGUGCCGAUUAUGUGAUUCGUAUGCAUCACUUAUGUCAGCUGGUGCUUGUUUGAAGGCGAAGCAUAAACUCGCGAAUACAGACAGUAAUUCUGUUCAAUCACGUUCUUCUAUGCGGCUGGCUCAUAAACGAGCUCGUCUUUUUGAAUCGGAAUCAUGUGCACGAGAUAACGUUAUUAGUAUAUUAGCGGAAGAGGUUUGUGUUCCCCUCCAUAAUGUGUUAAAUUUCCUGGAGAAAAUGUACCACACGUUGUGUAGUAUAACAUCGAGUGAUUUCUUGCUUGGUCCUUUCUUCGGUUGUGACAACAAGGAUACUAGUUUACUGCCUUCAAAACAGUGUGUAUUCGAUUCCAUUGUAUAUACACGAGGACUUGUUAACUGGAAUGCGUCAUCAAGAGAGCAGUGGGAUUUUGAGACGCUUACGAAUAUUGCUUUCUUCUUACUCAAGUAUCUCACCACCGAUGUCUUCGGACAUAUUCGUGGUCUGUGUGAAAGUGUGUUUUCGUUGAAAGAGGAGUUAUCAAAGACUUAUUCCUCCAUAAUGGAGACUUGGGUGCCAGCAUACAAAGAGCAGCUUCCCUCUGUUAGUCCACGUGCUGAUGUUGAUUUGAAGUAUCUCUUCUCAUCUUUGCAGAGUCAAUAUGAUGCAAUUGAGGCUUGGAGUCGACGUCAACAUGAGGUAGAAUUGAAGCAGAUCAGUAGGACUAUGAUUAACUUGCUAAGACAACUGUAUGAUUGUUGGAAAUGUCGGUCUCUGUGUAACGAUUUAAAGUUACCAUGCCGUCGUUUAAAUAUUCCAUAUGGUUCAAAAAAUGGUUCAUCCCGGUCUGUGUUGAAUAAGUUCAAUGUGAAUGCUAUAUUGCCAUGGCCACCGCAAUCCUUAAAUUUUGUCCCAGCCGAACAUCCUAUUCAAGGAAACUCAGUCAGUGGUCUAAGUAAAACUGUUUGUCCGACAAGCGGUGAUUCGGCGGAAGACUUUCCAAAUCCCUUAUCAUCAGGAAAUGCUUGUAAUAAUAGUCCUACUGGAGUUGAUGUUGCGUGCAGAGAAAAGGGAUCUGUUAGAAAUUCAUAUGAUUGUGGGAAAGAAGUUAACGGUAGCCAGUGUUCUCCUCAACCAGUUCGGGUGUGCAUUCCUGUGGUGUCAAAAAACAGUGAUACGUCAUCGGUCGUCACUGAUGCAAGGGACUCAUGUGGAAGUGCUUCUCGAAUGUCAAUUGAUUCCCGAGGUGAAUCAUUGGUUCAGAGUGCUUCGGUUAGUGUAAGUGGAACAACGGAAUGUGCUCAUUCGGAAAACUUUUCAUCAGGCAGUGUUAUGUUGGUCUCAACACAUAGUGAAUGUAAUGAAUCUGAAGCGCAGUCUGUCCCAUCAAACGUUGAUGUGGACGGACUAUCUUCUGUGUGUGUUACAAGCGAUAAUGUUGAGAAUAUGUCUUCACAGCCUAACACAACUGAACUUACGGAAGAUGUUGACGUCACUUCAAAUAAUUCUGUUCCUUCGUCUAAUUCUGAUGGGAUUCCAGAAAGCCUAGGUGCUUCCACAAACAAUCGCAAUUCACCUUUGAAGGAUUCGAGUUGCCAAGAUGAUCAUGAUGAAGAGCCGACAUAUUCUCUUGAGAACAAUUCCGAUGAGAUAUCAGAAAGUGGAUCCCAGUUGUCGUCUGUUAGUACCGUUGUCUCAAUAAACCGGAAGAAUGAAAAGUCAAUAAAGAAGGUGUGCAUUUAUUUACCUAGUAAUACUGUUGCUAACUCUCCUACUGAGAAUAUUGUCUGUCAAUGUAGUGGUGCGGAAGCGCAUUCAGACUCUGAUCAGGUGAACAGUUGCACAAUGACUCUUGAUAGACGGCGAGCUGGGAAACUGAAACGGAAGCUGAAGAAGUUGAACAACUUACCUGUUGGUGGAACGAAUACUUCUGAAAUCUCAGAAACGAAUUCCACCUCACAAAUCGAAAGUCCCUUGUGCUCGUUUGCGUCAACUAGCGACAGUCUCUCAUUGACGGAAUUUACAAAUAGUUUACAUAAUUUGACGAAUAUCCGUGUGGAACAACCGUUUAGUGAUCUUGUGUCUCUUUCUUGUUGGCUGCAAGAGAAAUCUCUGAAUUCUGAAGCUCCUGGACCAGUAACGGCUUCUGUAUUAGGACUGUCUGUGUCCCCACUUUCAACUAUUUCAAUUGACCUGACUUCUGAUGAAUAA